UUUUAAAACCCAUUUGUCAAGUGAGCUGUCCUAAUUCAAAGACGGACGUUGCAAACCACAAAAAAGCGACUUGAUUGCUUUAAAUUGGCGCAUUAGCUCAUUUAUCCUAAAUAGACGUUUAAAAUUACGCGUGAUGUAAGAACAUUGAAUGACUGGCACAGCCACAAACAUACGAUUUAAUAUGUCGUCGGCCAGUUCGGUGGCGAGUUUUCCAUCAAGUAAAAAACAAGGGGGCCGUUGCCGCUGGAUAAAUCACGGAAAUCGUACGAUUUGAAUAAUGGGAGUGGCCGUGAACAGCGAAAUGUCAAACAAAUGGGAGAGUAUUUGCAAAAAGCGCGUGACGCUUUGACAGAAGAUGGCCGCGCGUGCGCGCCGCUCAGUCACUUCAGUUCCACUCCGCAGAUAUGUAGUUUACUAAGGAGUUUUGGUAGUUUAUUAAAAAUGUCCACUUUAAUGUGGUCCUGUCCCUGUUGUUUGCGCUUCAAGUUCACGCCGGAGGAACUGGAACAGCGCUACAAGAGCCAGGAAAUCGACAAGAUGAUCGAGAAGGACAAACAGGCGAUGAAGAGGCAGGUGAAGCUGCUGUUACUUGGUGCAGGGGAGAGUGGCAAGUCGACGUUCCUCAAACAAAUGCGGAUCAUACACGGCAUCAAUUUCGAGAGUCACUUAAUUAAGGAGUACCAGCAAGUGAUUUACCAGAAUGUGGUGAAGGGUUUGAAAGUGCUAGUGGACGCGAGGGACAAGCUCGCCAUUCCUUGGGGCGACACCACCAACAGUGAGCUCGGCAAAGAGCUGUUAACAGUGGACAAUUCUGUGGUGUACGACUCCAGACUCUUUAACAAAUUGUGUCCCCUCAUCUCGAGACUGUGGCAGGACUCUGGCAUACGUAGGGCCUUUGAACGAAGGAGAGAGUUUCAAUUGAGCGAUUCUGUGGAAUAUUUCCUGAAUAAUCUGGACAGAAUUGCGCGGACCGAAUACAUGCCCACCAACAAGGACAUCCUCCAUUGUCGGAAGGCGACGAAGGGCAUCACCGAAUUCGUGAUACCCAUCAACAACAUACCAUUCCUUUUCGUCGACGUGGGCGGACAGAGGUCGCAGCGCCAGAAGUGGUUCCAGUGCUUCGAUUCGGUCACCUCGAUCCUGUUCCUGGUCUCGUCCUCCGAAUUCGACCAGGUGCUGCUCGAGGACCGCAAAACGAAUCGGCUGGAGGAGUCACGCGACAUAUUCGACACGAUCGUCAACAAUAGGAUCUUCGAGAGCGUGUCCAUCAUCCUGUUCCUGAACAAGUACGAUUUGCUGGAGAAGAAGGUGGCCAAUCCGGAGACGGACAUACGCUGGUACUUCCCACAGUUCACCGGCAACUCGCACUCCGUGCAAGACGUGCAGGCGUUCAUCCUGGGUAUGUUCACGGGCGUGGCCAGGGACUCGAGACGGGGGUUGUACCAUCACUUCACCACAGCGGUGGACACGGAGAAUAUCAAGGUUGUUUUUAAUUCGGUCAAGGACACGAUACUGCAUAGGAAUUUGCAGAUAUUGAUGUUGCAGUGAGCAGUGACGCAAAUAAGGGACCGCGACAAGGCUGUGUUAAACACAAUUUUUUUUAAAAAUGAAGUCAAGACUGACUAAACGGUUAAUUAGUCGUCGGGUGGAAACUUGGUGGUUUGGUCUAAUGGCCAGGUAUGUAAUUGGUUUAUUAGACCAAAAAUGGGCAUGCUUUGACUAACAGUACUAAAAGUACAAAAUUGAAAUAUGUGACAGUAACAUUGGGUCAAGUAAUCUUUUUAAUUUUAAAAUUUCUGGAUAUGUGGUAAUUGCACUGCAUAAUGAAUAGCUCAUUUAGUGGUAACAAACAGGAUGUGCCAUAAUUCAUAGGAAGUAUCAUUACUCAACAUAUCUACAUAUGGAUGGUUUUAAAUUAGUUUAUUUCAAAUCAAAUUUAAUAUAUUUUUUAUAAUUAUAUUUAAGCUACAGUCACAGCUUGUUUGUGUUUUAAAGGCCCUCCAACUGUCACACAUUUUUCGCCAAGCCAUACAGUUUCCACUCCUGAUAGUUAUUUUAUAUAUUUUGUUAAAUCGAAUUUAUAUAACUCAGAAUGUUUUUUUAUUAAAGUACAAUCUACAAAAUUACAUAAAUGUGAUAUCGAUAACAAUACUUUUACAAUACAAAAAACGAGUGGUUGAAAUAUGAUAAAUUCUAAUUGUAUAUAGACGUGUAAAAAAUUUUAAAUGUAUGAUGUUGAAUAUAUUACCAGUAAUAAUAAUUUUGUAUAUAUAUUAAAUUUUUAAACCUGAAUCUAUCGAGCCAAAUAAAGUGUAUCUGAUGUAAUAUAUUUUUUAUAUAAGUAUAGAUUUAUAUAAAUGUGACCAAUACACAUGAAAAGUUUAAUAAAAAUCAUUGGUCCAAAGGUAAUUUCAAAUCUUUGAAAUUAUUUGUAUUUUCUAUAACUUUAUAUUGAUUGUUUUUAUUAGAUUAUUUUUAAAAUUGUAUUUUUGUGAAACAAAACGUUACAUAAGUUACAUAAUGUAACACUCGAAAUUUAGCACCACAUUUUACUCAUUUAUGAUCUAAUAAAAUACGUAUAAUAAAACACAAAAAUACACAUAAUAACAUUGUCUUCCAACGUAAAGUUAUAUUUUUAAGAGUUAAGCAUUUUGUAGACGAAAUGACGCUAAAUUUCAUUAUCGUUCACUGACUUUUAGCAUUAUUUUGCCGAAUGAAUUUGCAUUUAAAUAUAUUUCUGAUAAUUGUGUACAUGUAAAUUGUAUUUACGUAUUUUAUACCAGAAAUAUUGUUUCAUAUGUUAGCACAAGCAAUAAUUUGAGAUUAAAAAGACUUGUAGUGUUUCCAAUUUUAUAUCAAACUGAUGUUUACCAAAGAGUGAAUUUUGAAUUAUUGACUAAACUAACAAAAAAUGUUGUUUUAUCAACGGGUUUUGUUUUUUCACAUUUCUGUAGUUCUCGAAAAAAAAUUAGUAAUAUAUAUUGAUAUUUAAAGGUAUAUAAUUAUUUGUAUUAUAAUCAAUUAUUAUUUAUAUAUAGAUAAUGUAAUAUACUGCCAAUUGCACCUAAUAUUACACAGCUAUUUUAUUCAAUUCCAUUUGUACAUAUUUUAAAUUUUAAUUUGUGAUAAUGUUAAAUUGAAUUAAGGCAUUUAGUACUGAACUUAAAUCACAGUAACAAAAAUUGUUUAAGAACCUGUCAAUUUUAGGUUGUGAUUAAACAGAAACAUUUUAAAAGUCUCAUCCAUCAAACUCAAAAUAUUUGAAUCUCGUACACGAAAUUAAUAUAAAUAAUGUUACUUAAGAUACUAAAUUAGUCAAAUAUAAAAUAUUUCAAGUGGAUGCAACAAAUUAAGAAAAUAAAUCUUGGGUAAAUCUUCAAAGCUUUACCUCUUCAUAUUCGUUAUUUAUUCUUUGACGUUCUAAAUAUUUACAUUAAUGGUUUCUCAUCAUUAGAUAAAUAUAUUAAGUCCGGUUCAAAUCAGGUGACGAGAUUGGAAUGAAAGACUUUAAUAUUAAUCGCAAUUUAUAUAUACAAGUGCCUUAAUGUGUUCUAUAAGAUAUUCAUAAACAAAAAUUUUUAUAUAGCUUUGUAAUAAAUUGUAUAUAUUUCCUUUUAAAAUAUUUUUGUAUUUGUUAAUAAAAAUUAUAUUGAAUGUAUAAA